AUGUAGUUUUACGGCAUAGGUAACAGAAUACCAGACUAUAGAUAUUUGACGAGCGGCGGAGGUUUUGAAAAUAAUGCUGAAAGUUGAACCUGUUAUUUUCAACAACGCGUAGGUAGAAAUAUAUUUCCAGCCAUGGAGGAGACAUCCUUGGAGAGGCAAGUACAGCAGUUGAAGUCGGAGCUGGCCAAGAAGGACAAUGACGUGGUGCUUGCCGCAGAGAUCGGCAAGCAGCUGCUGGAGCAGAAUCAGGAUCUGGAAGAUCGUCUGGAACAGCUGGCCCAAGACCACAUCAAGAGAGUGGAGCAAUUGGAACAGGACAAGUACAGCCUGCAGCUGAAGCUGAGCGCCAAGGAGCAGAUUGAACGGUCCCAGCUCGGCGAGAUGGAGAGCCUACGGGAGACCCUGCAGGGACAGCGAGAGGCCUGCCGGCAGGGGGAGAGGCAGGAGAUGGCCCACGGGAAGGAGAUGCAGAAGAUGGUCGGUCAGAUGGAGGAACUACAGACCAGCCUGGAGCGGGCAGCCAUGACGGAAGAACAACUGAGACAGAAGAUUGAACACCAGGAUGAGUUGUUGAAGGAAGCUCGCAGUAAGCUGAGUUCCAUGGAGUUGGCACCUAACCAGAACGACGAACAGCUGUACUGCCUCCAGCACGAACUGGCCACCGUCAAAUCUGACAAGGAUAAUAUAGCCAUGGACUUGAAAGACAGCAAGGAUCACUGCCAGCAGUUGGCGUUUACUGAGGAAGUCCAGAAGCAGCGGCUACAGAGUCUACAGAACGACAUCGAAGAGAAAGAGCAACAGGUCACUAGUUACUUCAACUUGCUAGAGAAAACCCGGGAGGAGGUUUCCGAGCUGCAAGUCCAGCUGGACAUUGCCAAGAUGGAAGCCACCGAUGUCAACAAGAAAGGAAACUCCCUCUUUGGGGAGGUUGAGGAUAGGCGCAAGGAAGCUGAGAAUAAUCUGAUAUCGAUGAAGGUGCAGUACGAAUCGGCCAAGGAACAGUUGAACAUGAAGAAACAACAGGUCCACAAGAUGAGAUUCCAGAUCGCGGCCCUGUUGCAGAUGGGCGGCGGCCGGGCCGACACAUCCCAGAGGGAACGCUUAGAGCAGAGCCUUGCACAGAGCCGGUCGGAGGUUCACAUGCUGACGGAGAAAAUCAAAGUUCUGGAAAAAGCAAAGGUCAGUGAGGGGAUGGGUCAGCAGUACGAGGAAUACAAGAAACUCCUCAGUGAAUCGGACAAACCAGACCUGGUGGAGUUCCUCCAGCACAAACUCAAAACGGCCAAGGCUGACAAUGAAGAGGUGCAGAAGGAACUGCACACCCAGCAGCUGCUGCAGAUUGCAGCUAGUGACAAGCUGAUGGAUUGCGAGCGUCGCUUGUACAGCGCCGAGACAGAGACGGACAGGACCAGGGCGGCUAACAUGAAGCUCCUGGUCACGCUGGAUGAACUGAGGCUGAAGCUGAAUGCUAAAGAGAACGGCACCACCAAAUCAAAGAUCAACACCAGCUAUCGAGAGAAAAUCUGCCUGAAGAAACCAAACGGAGACAAAGUGGUCUCAGAUGGAGAACUCAUGGAAACUCAAGACGUCACUGACAAAAAUCCAAGUGAAGAUGACAUUACAAAUCAGUCAUCAGAAGCGACUACAGUAGCUGAGAGUGAAACCCCGCCCAUGGAUCAAAAGCAGCCAAUGAGUGACAAGGUCUUGUUGGAAUCAACCAAUGAAAAGGGAGAUAACGGGAGGCGAGAGGACUACGUCCUCGGGCCGUCCAAUCAGAACAGGCCCCUUAUCAUGCCAGCAACCGGUGCGCCCGUCAAGAAACAGACCAAGAAGUCGGUGUCGAUGUGCGAGACGGUCUCUGUGUUGGAUGCCACGGGGAGAGUAGAUCUGAAGCGGUCGUGCCUCAAGUCCGGGGAGAAACACAACCGAGACGAGGAUGGAGAAAACGAGGACGACUCGCCUGGAGAGGAGAAUAGCCGGCCGAGGGCGGGGCACGAGAUGGGCGGGGCGGGGUCCAGAGGGGCUAGGCACGGGGGCAAGAAACACCACAAGGUGGUGCACAUGAAGAGCAACAACGCUGCGGAGUGUAAACAGCAGUGAGUUGGGAAACUGGGAGUUGUGUUUUGGGGGCUGAGGAGAACAUGAUGGGCAAGAGUUGGAGUUGAGUCAUCACAAGUCAUCGCAAGCAAUCAUAAGAAAUGAAUUGUGAGAGACGUUCUUUAGUCACUGUGCAUCCUAUGUUGUUUGUGAUUUGUCUUGUGAUUUGAUUUGUGAUUUGACGUAUGAUCAGCUGGUGAUUUGACAUGUUAUUAGCUAUUUCUGCUCACCAUUAUAAAGAGUUCCUUUCUUCAUUUGUAAAUUCACUUUUGAGUAAAAUAAUUUUAUGGUAAGCCAAUUUGUAAAAUUUAUUAUGUUGUAAAUAGAUUAAAUUGUAAAC